CAAAAGCAUAAUCUGAUCAAGAUGGAAGUUGCAGCUUGACUGCUUCCUGGUUUUCUGCUUUCCUUUGGGGGUUUCAGUGUCUGUCCAACAACUUCAGGGUGAAGAUGUAGAGUGGAGACUGGAAAAUGCCUUGCAGAAGUCUAGAUUAGGAUCUUUUCACAGAUGAAAUAUGUCUACUCGGUUGGAAAGACAUGGAUAUCUAAAAUCUGGAUGAAAUGCUUUUGGUGGGAUGAAUGAAACGGCGGCUCAGUAGACGUUUCUGGAUGACUGCAAGACGACUGUCAAAUGAACAGAUGUGCUUCGAGGAUUUAUUAUGGGAUAGAACUGGCUCUCCAUCAUGCCAGUAGCCAUUAGGAAAAGAAGCUGGGAAGAGCACGUAACUCACCCAUCUGGACUGCAGUACAGCUACGACGACCUGGAUCUGGUCUGCUGUCAUGGAGUUGACGGCGAAGGACCUGGGAUUGGAUCUGGGGAUUUAAAACAAGGUCGACGGCUGAGGUGUGCUUCAUUGCCAGAAGGCUGCCACCAGCUGCCCACAAAUGACCAUGCCAGGUCACUCGUGGGUGAAGCAACCACUGACAAAUAUAUUACUGAGUCAGAGGAGGUAACAUUAACUGACAAGAAUGAAAAAAUUGCUCAAGAUUUGCUUGAGUCAUUCAACGGCUCUCACAAACUGGACUCGCAAUCACAGCCUCUGCAAACUACAAACCCUGGAACCUCUGAAACUCAUUGGUGUAAAUUUAACAGCAUGCCUGCUGGUGCAAACAGCUCAGUUGAUACCAAAAGUCGGAGGGAGCACAUUUUCUGUAAUGGAAGUGUUGCUUGUCCACAAAGCAGCCAAUGCCACAUCUGCAACAGCCAUAAUGUCUUUAAAAGUCCACAUAUCUGUCGUGAAGGGCAACAAUACAUCUCUAUCUCCUCAAACAAUAGGUCUCCAUUGUGUGGUUCUGCUUGUGAACUGCCUGGCAAACUUCCAGACUACCAGGAAACAAAAGAGAGCCACACAGAGGGUUACAGCAGACCUCCUGAAAUCUCUCGGGCCACCCUAAACCCGGACUCCGUCACUGAACUCAGACCUCACGCUAACUGCCCAGAUGUUGUCAAAGGGAUGAUUUCCACCUCUGACCGAGCUGGAGCUGGUGAACCGCUUGCUGUUGAGCUGCACAGUUUGGCUAAUGAGAGGGAGUGCGGUGAUGCAAUAUCAACAAACAGGACAAUGGACUUGCUUGUAAAUUUAGUUGCAAAUGGAGAUUGUGCUGAAGGAAGAGUUGAUGGUUGGAGCACAGAUUCAGCUGACAAGCUGGAUGGAAUGAAUGACUCAGCAAUUCGACAAGAAAACACAGGACUUGACCAUCACGCAAGAGACGUUGAAGGAGAGCAGGAUCAGCAGAGUUCUGCUGGGUCAUUGGAUCAGGGUAAUAGUUGUAAGAUGCUUAACCAGACCUUGAUGAAGCAACGUGAUGUAGAAGUGGCUGUUGAGAGCUGCCUUGAUGGACAGGAAAGUGCAAAAGAAGACAACAAGGAGGCAACGUUGCUCAAUCACAGUCCAUCUGAAUUGUCUGAUAAUGGAAUGAAAAGACAGUGUUGCUCUUUAACAGGAACUAUGUCGUCUAAUCAACCAAGGUCGGAAUGUUUACCUGUAGACCUCGAAAACACUGGGCAUAGUGCAAAUGAGAAUGUGAAACUAUCCUUAUGUCAGUCAACUGAAAAUUGUAAUCUUCAAAAAUUACCUCAAAAAUUGAGUGUUGGUGAAGAUUGUACUGAAAAUUGUAGUUCCAAACUGGAUACAAUACCAGAGAUCACCUUUAUGGAUCAAGUCAAUGUUCUAAAAUCUGAAAUGAACACAGACACUCAUUCUUUUACCCAAAAUCCUAUUCAGUUCUCCCAUCUGGACGAUGAGCAUAAGGCUCCUGGAAACCCAGCACCAUGCUCUAAAGAGGUCAGUGAGAGCAGCCAUGGCAACCAAACCCGUUGCUUGAGUGAGUCACCUGCUGCAGAGGUGACAGAUGGUCACAGGGAACACUGCAGACCAGAGGCCACAGUUUCCACAAGGAAGGAGGCGGACAAGACUUUGAGCGACAUCCAGCUACAAAGCUCAGUUUGGGAUGGAACGAAUGAGACGGGGCAUAACAAAGCAGACAACAUGGUCAAAGUGCGCAUGAGAAAGCGGGAGCAUGCUCGUUUGGACUCAAUGGUGCUUCUGCUGAUGAAGCUGGACCAACUGGACCAGGAAAUUGAAAAUGCACUCAUUGCAACCUCCUCUGUGGACAGGACCCACACCCUCCAUCGACAGCAACGCCUGAAAGCAGAUGAAGGAUCUUUGCCAGCUGCUUCACAAGCCCCCCCAAAUCCACAUUUUUCAGGCAUUCUCUCCUCAGAAUCCACAGCAUCUCCUGAUGAAAAAACAGAAAAUAAGAGUGCCUUGGUUUUUCCUGAAAAAGAAAAAGGCGAGAUUGAAGCCAAAGAGGCCUGUACCUGGCUCCGAGCUGCAGGUUUUCCACAGUACGCCCAACUUUAUGAAGAUGCCCAGUUUCCCAUCGACAUUUCUUCAGUCACCAGAGACCAUGACUUCCUUGAUCGGGAUGCCAUUGAGGCUCUUUGCAGGCGACUAAAUACCCUUAACAAGUGUGCUCUAAUGAGACUGGAUCUAUCCCCACAAAGAAAAAGAAGUGAAGAUUCGGAUGAGGACGAACCUUGUGCCAUUAGUGGCCGCUGGACCUUCCAGAGGGACAGCAAGCGCUGGUCACGAAUGGAAGAUUUGGAGGUGUUUUCAGAGUUACAAGCAGAUCCUGUCCAACCCUCGUUUCCCAAGGACCAAGUAUCCCAGAAAGGCAAGCUGGGUUUGCGUGAAGGCAACAGUUCAGAGAGCGUGCUCACUGAUCUCAGUGAGCAACCUGAAGUUGGCUCUAUCCAUAGCAGUGGUUCUGGAGGAAGAGGAGAAGAAAAGGGCCAUGCUGCAGCCUUGCUAAAUGAAACUAUCCCUACUGGUGCCCUUCGUGCCAAUUCAGUGGCUAGCAUGUGUUCAUCUUCAGGCACAGGUGGGUCAGGAGGAGCCAAUGAAGACUCUUUAUCCGAUGGGUUACCUCCGUCACCCCUGGAUUCGUUCCGACAGUUCACCUUUGAUGUCGAUACAGGAAUGGUAGGGGGACAUCUGGACAGAGGAGAAGGCAGUGGCAAAAGUGCCCGUUCUAGAGCUAAAGGCUUCCUCAAGAGGAUGGAGAGUCUGCGGCUUCGCAGUGGCACUUCCUCCAAGAGAAAGAAGAAGACUAGCCCUACCAACGGAAGGAUCGAAAUUAGUGGCCCUGUUAUCAAAGAAGGUUUUGAUGAUGACAAACUCAGAAAGCUUAACUGUGUGGACAUCUCAAGCAUCAAUCUGAAUAACCAGUGCAAUCCCACUCAGACGAUGACUCUUAACCGGAAUCGCUCUUUAUCUUACUCCACUCAGACCAGCAAUGGAAGCACUGGCAGCACUGGGAGCAGCCAGUCUGAAGCCAGCAGUGGGAGUGCGGUGAGCACUCCAAGCCCUGUCACCCGAGCUCGUAGCCACAGCACGGCAGCAGGUUUCAGUAAAAGAGGAGGGAUGUAUUUGGAAGGAUUUGACCCUUUCAGUUUUCUCCAACAAGUCCCAGAUCGGCAGCCGUCUCUGCCUAAGUCUGCCCCACCCAUCUCCUGCCAAUCUGGUAGUGGGAUGUCAAGUGAUGAACAGAACUGCAGGAGCAACUGCAGCAUUCCAGACAAGAUCAGACAAGAAGAAGAUGAGGAAGACGAUGAUGAGGAAGAGGGGGGCAUGAUUUUUUUCUAUUUGCCAGAAGACCACAAGCCUGGAACUUUCCCCAAAGACUUGCAUGAUGGGAAUUCACGUAAUAACAAUGGGAAUGAUAAUGGGAACUCUGUGGUCCUCAGGGGACGGCAAAGUAGACGCCAGCGUUGUUCCUCUUCGGGCUCUGUUGACUGUCGCCUUAGUUUUUAUGACAACGUCCCCUACACUGAGAGAGAGGAGGAAGAGGGGGAUGAACACAAACUGGAGGAAGUGUUGCAACACGUUAGCGGCCUGCAGCGCUUCGUUAAUGCCUGGUCAGAAGCUGCAGCCUGUGAAGAGGAAGAGGAAGAUGACGAUGAAGUGGAGGAAGGAGACUCCGAUUCAGCCUUGGACUCUGCAUCCCCUUGUCCUUCGUCCCCUUUGCAGAACAGACUGGAAGAGACUGAGAAUGGAAGUGACCAAGACAGCACAGGAAACCCUCUGGGGGAAGCAGAAGAAGGGAUGCGAGAGAGGAGGGACUCAGGAGUUGGAGCAUCACUAACUCGAACCAGCAGACCCCAAAAACUUCGCUGGCCAAGCUUUCAGAACUCCCAUCGACCCAGUUUGGCUUCUGCCCAGCUCCAGAUUAGCUGCCAGUCCGUGCUGCAAAUGAAUCUGUUGCAGAAACUUUCCCUUCUGCAGCUCACCGCACUGCUGGAGAAACACACCCCUACGAACAAACAUGGCUUUAGUUGGGCUGUUCCAAAGUUUAUGAAGCGGAUCAAGGUGCGUGACCACAAAGACAGAAACGUGUUUGGUGUUUCACUACAAGUCAUCGUCCAGCGGACUGGCCAGCCCCUCCCACAAGGAAUACAACAAGCCAUGCGCUAUUUGCGCAACAAUUGUCUUGACCAGGUGGGCCUUUUUAGGAAAUCUGGAGUUAAAUCUCGUAUUCAGGCUCUUCGUCAGAUGAACGAGGCGAGCGGCGCCGAUGGGUGUGGAGUCAACUACGAGGGCCAGUCAGCUUAUGAUGUUGCUGACAUGUUAAAGCAGUAUUUUAGAGACUUACCAGAACCGCUGUUCACGAGCAAACUGUCAGAAACUUUUCUUCAGAUCUAUCAGUACAUGCCUAAAGAGCUCCGUCUUCAAGCCACUCGGGCUGCGGUGCUGCUUCUACCAGAUGAGAACCGAGAGGCGCUCAGGACGCUGAUGUGUCUGCUCAGCGACGUGACGGCAAGCGUCGCCGAGAACCAAAUGACUCCCACCAACCUGGCUGUUUGCCUGGCACCAUCACUCUUCCAUCUCAAUACGCUGCGGCGAAAGGAGAGCUCCUCACCGAGAGUGAUGAACCGAAAGCAGACUUUGGGGAAGCCUGAUCAGAGGGACCUGAAUGAGAACCUGGCUGCCACCCAUGGCCUGACGCACAUGAUCCAGGAGUGCAGGAAACUCUUCAGGAUCCCCGAAGAAAUGAACCGCUGCAGGAACUCAUAUGUGGAGCAGGCUCUUCUGCCAAAACGAUUGGAGGAGCUUGGAAGUGAAGCCAAGCGAGGAAGUAUCCUGCAGGAAAGCUUAGACACUCUCCUGAAAGAGGCCAAAGACAAGUUUAGAGGUUACGACAGCUGCUCCACUCCAGAACACGUCGAGCUGGCCUAUAGGAAGGUUAACGACGGUUUUCCACUGCGGCAGUGGAAAGUGACCGUAGAAAUUCAUGCCAGUCCUGAGGAGGUUCUGACUCGGGUGCUGCGGGAGCAGGGCCAGUGGGAUGAGGAUCUGCUUGAAAGCCGAGUCGUGGAAACCCUUGAUCAGCGGACAGAAGUCUACCAGUACGUCAGGAACACCAUGGCUCCACAUCCCACAAGAGACCAUGUGGUGCUCAGGACUUGGGUGACAGAUCUGCCGAAGGGAGCGUGUGCACUCGUGAGUUCAUCUGUGGACCAUGAUGGGGCGCCGAUGGUAGGCGUCCGGGCCAACGUCCUUACAUCACGCUACUUCAUAGAGCCUUGCGGGGCCAACAAAUCGAGACUUACACACAUUUCAAGAGUUGACUGCAGGGGUCGUUUCCCGGAGUGGUACAAUAAGCUUUAUGGACACUUGUGUGCUGCUGAGGUGGCACGGAUUCGGGAAUCCUUCUCUGUGCCCAUGGACAAAUAAGAGAGCAGCACGCCGUUUUGACUGGAAUGCCUUGUUUCAACAAAAUACAGAUGAAGUGAAAGUCUCUUGAUCCUUUGAUAAACAUAAACCAGGAUUAAAGGAACUGUUUUCUUCAAAACAGACUGCUUUUCCCUUUAAAACUGGGACUGCCAAGAGGACUAACAGAACUAGCUGGGCCUCGGGACGUUAUGUUUCUGACACGGGAUGUUUUGCCUCCGACUUAAUUUAAAACGGCGUUAUCGCUUCUGAGAAGCAAGGGGGAUCUCAAGUGGGAGUGAAAGGAGGGACAUGGGAAAAGCCAAAAACGUAUAUCUAAAUAAAUAAAUAAAAUUGUAUGGGUUGUUGUUGUGGUUCCCCCAGGAACAGAAUAAUAUGUACAUAUACUGUAGUGUGCUCUGGUCGCGUAGAGCCAGUCGGUGUCCGCUUUGUGUUACCUCCGUCCCCUUCUCUGUUACAGCAAAGCACAGGAAGAAAAGGAGACGUUAUUAUAGCGAGCUGAUAGACAAAUCUAUGGGUGUCGAAAGAUGCGAAUGUGCUGGUAGUUUGCAGACUGAGUGAGGCCAAUAAACAGGAUAUCGUGAGAUGACAGGUGGCCUAUAGUACACAAGGUUUUAGUGUUUCAGUGUGGAGGCAGAGGAGUAUUGGUGGCUGGUUCACCAAAAUGAAAUGACUGAUCAAAGAAAGGACAUAAUUGACUGGAAGACAAAUAAAAGGAAAAAUCUCUUUCAGCCAUGCCUCAUCCAAUAGUUUGAUCGAGGUUGCUUUUGAUCAGGAAAAUCGGGUUUCAACGUUGAAAUACAAAGCCAAAAUGCUUAAAAGUUUGAAAUCUACAAGAAAAUCCUGUUGACAUUUAAAGGGCCAAAUGAAUAAAGGAUGAAAAGUUUUUGAUAUUGAUACUGAUACCUGUAGAGCACAGCACAUUUAUUUUACUUAAAAAAGGUAAAAAGAAAAAAGACAAGAAAGGGCAAAAGUUAUGAUUGCUUUUACAUCAAACAAGCACAGAAGACGCAAUUAUCUGACUUUGAACAUUAAUUUCUCUCUGCACGGAAAGGUAACCUGAGGAAAAAAGAGGUCCUUUUAUAAAGGUGGGGAUUUUACAGGUUUUACUGUAUAGAGGAGGGCAGAUUGAAUGUGUAGAUUUUUAAAGGAAGGACAAAUAUUCUGCAAAGAUUCUGUGUUUUAAACCAAGAUUGAAACAUUUCUUUGGCUGUAACAGUUGCGCUUCAGUCUGUUCAUGUUACGUGUAUCAUAAAUUCACUAAACCGUUGUUCACAUCGUAAAUGUUUUUAGCUGUAACUGUGUCUCUGCCAAAUAAUAAUGCAUGACAAUGACAGUUAAUUUAAAGCAAAUAUAUUUAUACCUCAGAUAUAUGUUUGUUUUUGUUUUUAUAUCAUUUAUUUUAUUGUAUUGUAUACGUAAAACUCUGUGUUACAAAAAGUUUUAUCUUUUUUAAUAAUAUUAUUUCUGUACAGGUUAAUCAAAAUGCACUAUUAAAUGUAUUAAACUAA